UGCAGAUUCAUAGGACCAUUCCACCUUAACUUAAGUGUCUCAGUAUUCGAAAUUCGGUCACUGUUGCCCGAAAGCAGGAUGAAGUUACUUUGGGCCGUGAUCGGUGUGGCCAUGGUGGCCAGCAAUGUCUUUGGAGGACCGGUUAAACGGGAGUCUCCACCACAGGAGGAAAGCGCUUCCGUGCUGGAAGAAAUCGGUGGAAACUUCGAAGGAGACAUGAUACUGUCACCGGAACAGGAGAACGCCGUCAAGUAUGGUUACACUGCGGUCAUUGGAGAGUUUUACAAGUGGCCCAACAACAUUGUGCCGUACGCAAUCGAUAAGAACUCAUUCACGGUUAGCCAACAGAACAGCAUCGUCUCUGCUCUGCAGCAGAUCGAGCUAGUCAGUUGCGUUCGGUUUGUGCCUCGAACGACCGAGAAGGAUUACGUCAUGGUUCAGGGAGAUGCAGGAUGCUGGGCCACGCUUGGGCAUCGGGGAGGCAUGCAAACGGUUAACCUGCAACCGAGCGGCUGCAUGACACGCGGUACCAUCAUCCACGAGUUCCUGCACUCUCUCGGCUUCGUGCACAUGCAAAGUGCAUCCGAUCGUGACUUUUACGUCGAUAUCAACUACAACGCCAUCGAGGUGGGCAAGGAGUCCAACUUUGAGCGGUACAGCUCGAAUGUGAUCGAAGACUUUGGCAUUCCGUACGAUUACGAUAGCGUGAUGCACUACCCGAGGACUGCCUUCACGGCCAACGGACAGGAGACGAUCAUACCCAAGCAGCCGGGUGUCGCGAUUGGACAGCGCGUCGGCCUGAGCUACAAGGACAUUAAGCGCCUCAACAAGCUCUAUCCUAAAUGCUACUAAGCAGGCACACAAAGGCACAAAGGUGCACUAUAAUAUACAAGGGAGGGGAACGAUGCAGAAUGACUGCAAAUAAUUUCAAACCCAACGGGAUAAACGGGAAUUAUUUCGAGAGAUUUAGCAUUAACGCUUAGCACUGCUUAGCAGCAGGAGAUUCGUGCCAUAGUUAGUAAGCUCUA